UUUCUCUAACCGUCCGGACAUGGCGCAAAUCGACGUGGAUGUGUUCACAGCCAAGGUUUUGUCCCAUUGGGACUGGAGCCGUGAGGACAGGUCAUUUGGAGACAGCGCGUCCUCGCCGGAGUCCGAGUCCUUCGAUUCUGCCUGCUCGUCGCCCGACGCGCGCUCCAGCCCCACAGCAGGGUGCGAGCAUGCGGAGCAGCAGAAGCCGAAAGUGAAGAUGAGUAUGAGGAGGAGGAUGAAGGCCAGCGAGCGGGAGAAGCUCCGCAUGAGGAGUCUGGCGGAGGCGCUGCAUCAGCUACGGGAUUACCUUCCGCCGGGGUACAGCAGGAGAGGACAGCCGCUCACCAAGAUCCAGACGCUCAAAUACACCAUCCAGUACAUCAAAGAGUUAUCCGGCAUCCUCGAGCAGCAGUGAGACCCGCGGGAAACCUUCCCACAACGCUUUAGGAACGUUUAGACAACGUUGUUUCGAGAACGUCAUUUUCGAAUGUUCCUUUUUGAAAAAAUGUUUCAGGAAGCUUUUCGAAGAUGUCAAAACAAAGAUUGAAACAUUCGAACAUGGGCAUUCGACAUUUCGACUUAUGCGCAAAAAACCUACAGACAACGAACUUUAUUUUACGAACACUAUUUUUAAUGUUCGCUUUUUAAAGAUGUUUGAGGAAGUUUUCCAAGUUGUAAAGAUGCUCUGAAGAAGAAAAACUUUCGAACAUGGACAUUCGACAUUUCGACUAGAAAAUCGACUUUCUUAUUCGAUUAUAUUUCUCGACUUUCAUAUUUGAUUAUGUUUCACGAAUGUCAUUUUCCAAUGUUUGCUUUUUAAAAUGUUUCAGGAAGUUUUAAAAAGUUGUGAAGAUGUCAAAAAACAAACAAACAUUUGAACAUUGGCAUUUGACAUUUCGACUGUAAGAAAAUGUUUCUCAAAAAACGUACAGACAACGAUAUUUUUCAAUGUUCGCUUUUUAUGUUAGGAAGGUUUUCUAAGUUAUGAAGAUGUUCUGCAAAUAUCACGGGAAUGUUCAUUUCAAAUGUUUUAUGAACGCUUCAAAAACACUCAAACAUGAACUUUCGACAUUUAACUAUGUUCCUCAAAAAAACAAAAACAUACAGACAUUGUUAUUUGACGAAUGUUAUUUCUGAAUGUUCACUUAAAAAAAAUAGGAUUCGGGAAGUUUUUCUAUGAAGAUAUUCUACAAACAUCCUGGAAAUGUUACUUUUCCAAAUGUUUUCUGAACGUUUAAAAAACAUUUAAACAUAAACGUUCAAUUAAAGAAAAUUCCAAAAAAAAAAAAAACGUACAAUGUUAUUUAUGAAUUUUCUCUUUUUAAAAUUACUUUCCAGGUAGUUUAUCUAAGUUGUGACAAUGUUCUGCAAGCAUCCUGGGAGUGUUACGUUUGAAAUGUUUUUGAACAUUCUACUAAACUGCUCCCAAAGAAUUUUCACAAAUAUUCGAGAGCAUUAUUACAUCUUUGAGUGUUAGUGGAGGAACGUUUGCUCAUCAUAUAUUUGUGAAAAUGUUAUGCGAACAUUUCAUGAUUUUCGGCUGCUGUUGUACAGAUUUACAUGUUGUUUGUUUGUUUGUUUGUUUGUUUAUCCACUCUGAUGUGUUUAUUUUGGAUGUAAAUAUUUCUUGCUGAUGCUUGAGUGGAGUGUCGGUGUCUAAUAUUAAGAGUGUUAACUUGAAUACUGGAAAAGUUGAAUAAACAUGUUGUUUGUGUUGGUGCUAA